AUGGAGGUUACUAGGAUUUGCUUCCUUCAAGCUUUCUUCUUCUUCUUCCUGGUCGCAUCAAGUCAAGCUUCCUCCACAAGCAUCUUUCGAGAAUACAUAGGUGCAGAGUUCAACAAUGUCAAAUUCUCCGAUGUCCCUGUCAACCCAAAUGUCGAAUUUCACUUCAUUCUCUCUUUCGCUAUUGACUAUGACACCUCUUCUUCUCCAUCCCCCACCAAUGGAAAAUUCAAUGUUUUCUGGGACUCUCAGAAUCUUAGUCCCUCUCAAGUUUCUUCCAUCAAAACCCAAAAUUCCAAUGUCAAGGUGGCUUUGAGUCUAGGAGGAGACAGCGUGGCAGGUGGUUCUGCAUACUUCGACCCAUCUUCCAUUGACUCAUGGGUUUCCAACGCAGUUUCAUCGCUCACAAGCAUAAUCAAACAGUACAACCUGGAUGGAAUCGACAUCGACUAUGAACACUUCAAAUCUGAUCCAAACACCUUCUCUGAGUGCAUCGGACGCCUAAUCAAAACCCUAAAAAACAAUGGCGUCCUCAAGUUCGCUUCCAUCGCUCCAUUCGACGACCCACAAGUUCAGAGCCAUUACAAGGCAUUAUGGAACAAGUAUGGGGACAUCAUAGACUACGUCAACUUUCAAUUCUAUGCGUACGACAAAGGCACGAGUGUGUCUCAGUUCAUUGAUUACUUCAACACACAGAGCAACAAUUAUGAAGGAGGGAAGGUGUUAGUGAGCUUUAUAAGCGAUGGAAGCGGAGGGUUGAGUCCAGAUGGUGGAUUUUUCACUGCGUGUCAUAGGCUUAAGAGCGAAAACAAGCUUCAUGGGAUUUUUGUUUGGUCUGCUGAUGAUUCCAUGGCCAAUGGUUUCCGUUAUGAGAAGCAAUCACAGGCCCUUUUAGCUCCUUCUUCAAACUAA